GUGGCGUCCCUCAGCCCGGCCUCCCCGCCUGCGGCCUGGUGCGUUCGGGCGGCGUGUGAGGCAGCGCGGCCUGCUCCUGACUGGCGCCCAAGAUGCCCCUAUUGUAGUUGACAGGCUUGUGGUUCUUUCUUCUCUUUCUGGCAAUGAAGAGUGCAUCUGACUGAAACAAAAUGAACGAGCAUCCAAAGAAGAGGAAAAGGAAGACCCUGCAUCCUUCGCGCUAUUCAGAUUCUUCAGGUUUACCAAAAUACAUCGACAAUAGUGGCAUAUUUUCUGACCACUGUUACAGCGUCUGUUCUAUGAAACAGCUAGACUUGAAAGUUUCUGAUAAUCGAGGCAUUCGAAGACAAGUUUCACUGGAAAAGACGAUAAGGCUAGGAAAAGUUGAAGGCAGUAGGAAAAGACGAAGACCCCAAAUUAGAGGUAGAUUUCAUACUUCCGUACACAGCACAGACACUGAUGACGAUGGCAGCCCAGUGCAUGCUGGGACAUCUCAGUGGAGUGGGGCCCAGUCUAAUGUCAUGGGGCCUCACUUCGUGGACUCUAAAAAGAAAGAUAAACCAGCUAAUAACGGCAUUUAUAAGGACCCUUGUGAGUCACCUAUCUUCAGUGACGCUUUAACUGAAGAAGAAAAACCUCUGGACAUUCAGACAGUGGAGAUUUCCACUACGGAAGUCCAGGCUGUGGAAGUUCACGACAUAGAAACUCAGACGGUUUCCCCUGAAAAGCUGGAGGCGGAGGAUGCUGAGGAAAUCCCCAUGGAAAUCUGCAAGGUGCCGGGGAAGAACCCGCCUCUGAACGUCACCCUUCAGCCCAAAUGGCCUUUGCUCCGGGCCAACAGCAGUGGCCUGUACAAGUGCGAACGCUGCACAUUCAACAGCAAGUAUUUCUCCGAUUUAAAGCAGCAUAUUGUCCUGAAGCACAAAACGUGCGUGGAGGGCAACACCUGUCGGGUGUGCAAGGAGACCUUCGCCUCGAAAAAAGUGCUCAUCGAACACUUAAAAAUCCACGAGGAAGACCCUUACAUCUGUAAAUACUGUGACUACAAGACGGUGAUGUUUGAGAACCUGAGCCAGCACAUCGCCGACACACACUUCAGCGACCACCUUUACUGGUGCGAGCAGUGCGAUGUCCAGUUCUCCUCCAGCAGCGAGCUGUACCUCCACUUCCAGGAGCACAGCUGCGACGAACAGUACCUGUGCCAGUUCUGCGAGCACGAGACCAGCGACCCGGAGGACCUGCACAGCCACGUGGUGAACGAGCACGCCGGCCGGCUGAUCGAGCUGAGCGACAGCUACCACAGCCGGCAGCCGCCGGGGCAGUACAGCCUGGUCAACAAGAUCAGCUUCGACAAGUGCAAAAACUUCUUUGUGUGCCAGGUGUGCGGCUUCCGCAGCCGGCUACACACCAACGUCAACCGCCACGUGGCCAUCGAGCACACCAAAAUAUUCCCCCACGUUUGCGACGAUUGCGGGAAGGGCUUUUCGGGCAUGCUGGAGUAUUGCAAACACUUGAACACUCACGUGUCCGAAGGGAUCUAUUUGUGUCAAUAUUGCGAAUAUUCUACCGGGCAGAUCGGAGACCUCAAGAUUCACUUGGACUUCAGGCAUUCUGCUGAGUUGCCUCACAAGUGCACCGAUUGCUUAAUGAGGUUUGCCAGCGAAAAUGACCUCCUGAGUCAUCUGCCGAUGCACGAAAGUGCUUGAUUGGUUUUGUUGCUUGUUUCUCCCUGUCCCCAGCCCAGAUUAUUAGAAUUGAAAUGUAAUUUCCCUGUGCUGUCUUAAGACCAAACCAAAAAGGCAUUUCUCUUCUCCACCCUCUUCCAGUAAAGAUGGUCGCUGAAGUGCAUGAAACAAGUUCCCUCGUUUCACUGAAAGAGGGUCAUGGUAGGCAUAGCCACAAUUGUGAUGCGGCCCUGACCACAAUAGAACCCUGUGCUUCGCCCUGGUUGGGCAGGCGGUGGUAUCGUGGGCAGGCUACGUACAAGUCAGCUGUACCUGUUCAGUCUUAAGACACAUACAAACACACAGACGUGCACAAACACAUCUUUUCACUCACGCCUCUGUGCUUACGGAUUGUUCACAAGGCGUUCAGCAUACCUAUAAUAACUGAAGUGCAAUAAGUAGUUUCAUCUUCGUGCUUUGUAUUUGCUGGCUUCAGUGAUUGGUGGGCUUAGUAGAAGAUAAAUACGUCCACAUAUCUGACUAUUCAGUCUAGGGGUGGGUGGGUAGAUGGAUUGUGUGUGUCAUGAAUCGUUCACUGUGUAAUAAUAGCAUGUAUCAUUGGCGUCUUAAGGCACAAAUAGCAUAAAGUCCUUUUGUACGUACUGGGGAAUAAAUAUUCUGACGAACUUGUA